AUGGACUCGCCCAUCCGCCGCCAGUACUUCUACUCCGCCAUUGACGACUCGUCGCCAUGCCGGCCUGUCCCGUCCAGCCCCCCGAAGCUGCUGCCCGCCUUUGAGCCUCAGUCGUCGCCCCUGCCGCGCGCCCCCAAGCGCAAGUAUGACGAUAACAACGCGCUGCCCAAGGCCCAGCUGAAGUACUAUCCCACGCCAAUGCCCACCUCGUCCACUGGCGUUCUGCCCUCGUCGCCGACGCGCCAGUACCGCCAGCCCCUGCAACGCACUCUUUCUACUCUGUCCGAACGGAACCCCCUCUGCGCCGUGCCCUCCAUCGAGGUGCCCGCGAGCGGAGAGCCCCUCCUCAUGGGCCGCUCGAGCAACUCUUCUCAUCACCAGCUGUCUGCCAAUCGCCUGAUUUCACGCGUCCAUGUCCGUGCCAUCUACCACGCUCCCACCGACGAGCACACGUCCGGUCGCGUCUUCAUCGAAUGUCUUGGCUGGAAUGGUGUAAAGGUGCACUGCCGCGGACAGAUUUACGAUCUAGCCAAGGGUGACACCUUUUCGUCCGACCAGCCCUCUGCCGACAUCAUGCUGGAUGUUCAGGAUACGCGUGUCCUUCUCGCCUGGCCCUUCAUCCGCGACAGGAAGCGGAGCAUGUCAGUAGCCUCGGAUACAACUUGGGAAGAGGGCAGUCCUACCAGGAGAAGGGCCGGAUCCACCGCUGGCUUCAAUUCGAGCCCCCCGCCCUUCGCCCCGCAGUCACCAGAAUCGCUCGGCCCCAAGGCCUCCAAUUCCAAUGACGACACCUUCCUAGCUUCUGACCCUGCUGACCUCGAGCCCCCAGCUGUCCAGGUGUACGAGGACGGCGAGUCGGGCGAUGACAAGGCGCGGGCAGCUCUCGCCGAGUCUCAAUCGUCGCGUACUGCCUGUAUCUCUGCCCACGAGGGUAAGACACCUCAGACCAGUGCUUCGUCUUUUGAGUCUGACGACUUCUCUGAUCGAGACGAAGAAAAUGAUCCUGUGGUCCACUCGUUUGGGCCCUUUGGUGCAAACAUUCUCUCGCGCAUGCAAUCCAUGUCCAACGUGCACGGCGGAACUGCCGCGUCCCAGAGCAGGCGGCGCCGUCCUCUUAAGGAGCCGAGGUCCCACCCUGAGUCUCCCGACGGUGCACAGAGCAGUUCUGAUGCCCCGCGCACCAAUCCCGAGUCGACCCCCAGGAUCAAUGAGUCGCCGAUCAAGAACCACGUCAUCAACCAGCUUGCCUUCUCCCGCCUCCACUCGAUGCCCCUGUCGACGAUCCUCGGCAACCUUCCAGCGGAGUUGCGUGGUGGAUCCGCGGACGGUGCACGCUCUCGUCGCGUAGCCAAGGGGGCCAUGUUGGAAGAGCAGGCUGCUGAGUCGUCGGCAAGGUUGACCGGCAGCGAUCUUCAGCAGAUGCUUGACGCUAUCGCUUGCAUUGGUGAGAUCACCCGCGUCGGCAAGGAUGCGUCCGGCCACCAGCUAGAGAACGAGUACUACUACGUUCCCGAGAUGGAUGAGAACCACAUGCGCCGUGAUGCGGUCAUGGGCGGCGUCGGUGGCACCGGUUUGCGUUCGGUGAGGAAGGCCCACAAGCAAUACUACUGGAAGCGCCCUCGCUACUGA